UCAAAAUCAACACAUAUCAUGUUCACUUUGCUCUUUUCGGUCUAGGUCUUUCACGCGUGGUUUUCUGAACUUCAUUUAAAUUUUAUUUAGAAACAUUUCUCAAUUAAAUUUUGAAAAUGGCUGAAACUAUGCAAUUGCGAGGUACUCUACGUGGUCACAAUGGAUGGGUUACACAAAUCGCUACAAAUCCCAUCCAUACCGACAUGAUUUUGUCUUGUUCAAGAGACAAAACAUUGAUUGUAUGGGAUUUAACUCGUGAUGAACUUAAUUAUGGUAUCCCCAAAAAACGUUUAUAUGGUCAUUCUCACUUUGUUAGCGACGUUGUUCUUUCUUCUGAUGGUAAUUAUGCUUUGUCUGGUUCAUGGGACAAAACUUUGCGAUUAUGGGAUUUAGCUGCUGGACGCACCACUCGUCGUUUUGAAGAUCAUACCAAGGACGUAUUGAGUGUUGCUUUUUCGGCUGAUAAUCGUCAAAUUGUCUCUGGAAGUCGUGACAAAACUAUCAAGUUAUGGAACACAUUAGCUGAAUGCAAAUAUACUAUUCAGGAUGAUGGUCAUAGUGAUUGGGUGUCAUGUGUACGUUUUUCUCCAAAUAUUCACAAUCCUAUUAUUGUUAGUGCUGGCUGGGAUAAAGUAGUCAAAGUAUGGAACUUAACAAAUUGUAGAAUCAAGACCAAUCAUUAUGGACAUACUGGUUAUUUAAAUACAGUGACAGUUUCUCCAGAUGGUUCAUUAUGUGCUUCAGGAGGAAAGGACUGUAAAGCCAUGUUAUGGGAUUUGAAUGAUGGAAAACAUUUGCAUACACUUGACCAUAAUGAUAUCAUUGAAGCUUUGUGUUUCAGUCCCAACCGUUAUUGGUUGUGUGCUGCAUUUGGACCAUCUAUAAAAAUUUGGGACUUGGAAAGCAAAGAAAUGGUUGAAGAACUACGUCCAGAAGUUGUGUCUCAAUCACAAAACAGUAAUACUGAACCUCCAAGAUGCCUUUCACUGGCAUGGUCAACUGAUGGACAAACAUUGUUUGCUGGAUAUUCUGAUAAUAAUAUUAGAGUUUGGCAAGUGUCUGUUAGUGCACGUUAAUGUUUUAAUUUUUUUAAUAAAAUAAUAACUGACAA